CUUUCAGCUUACGUGGUCACACCGAUCUACAGCACUGGCUCCUGCUGUGUUCACUGCAUGCUCAGUAGAAGAAGCUACCCUCACUCACCCUCUCAUCAGUCAUCUGCGCCGGCUGGAGCUAGCAGCUCAGAUAUGAAGAGGGGGUCGUCGCAGCUGGACUACGUGCUGGUGCCGCUGGGGCUGGCGGUGAUGCUGGGCUACCACCUCUGGCUGCUCCUCCGCAUCCGCCGCCGCCCGGAGACCACCGUCAUCGGCAUCAACGCCAUCAACCGCCGCAUCUGGGUCCGCUACAUCAUGGAGGAGGCGUCCGGGAAGCACGCGGUGCUGGCGGUGCAGACGAUGCGCAACAGCAUCAUGGCCUCCACCGUGCUCGCCUCCGUCGCCAUCACGCUCAGCGCCCUCGUCGCCGCGCUCAUGGCCAGCGACGCGGCCCACGGCUUCUUCGCACGCUCCGGCUCUGGCUCGGGCGCGGGGCUCGUCCUGGGCGCCGCCGGCAAGGCCGCGCUGACCGUCAAGUUCUUCGCGAUCCUCGUCUGCUUCCUCGUCGCCUUCCUCCUCAACGUGCAGUCCAUCCGCUACUACAGCCACACGGGCCUCCUCGUCAACGUCCCGCUCCGCGCGCACCGCCGCCCUGCCCGCGCCAUCGAUUACGUCACCGGCACGCUCAACCGGGGCUUUUACUUCUGGUCGCUCGGCGUCCGCGCCUACUACUUCUCCUGCCCCAUCUUCCUCUGGCUCUUCGGGCCCAUCCCCAUGUGCGCCUCCUGCGUCGCCAUGGUCGCCGCCCUCUACUUCCUGGACGUUUACAAGGAGUGGGACAAGGACGAAGGCAGCGAAGACGCCGGCGGCCAAGAAGGGAGGACGUCCGCCACAGGAAGGGUGAUGCCUCAAGAAGUUGUCUGAAAUCUGAAUUGAAGCCAGGGUCCAGGUACAUCAUCAGGCUUCAGUUCAGACAGCAAGAUCGAUAUUUCAACCUGUCACCGAAGUGCAGAGGAUAUGAAUCCUUGCAAGGAUUUGAAAUAAGGAAUUUCCCAAAAGAAAAGAAAAAAACAAGGGAUCUGGAUUUAAUGCUCGUUGAAUCCGGAUUAAUGAGUACUAGUACCAGUACUGUAUUGUACUAGCAAAUAAAUUUGAUCUCCUUGGUGUUUCUACCUAGGACCUUUUUGGAUCUUGUGCUACUGUCCUAUUGGGCAAGUCAAUGAUGUGAUUGAUGAUGCAAGUCAACUCCACGGUAUCUUGUGCUACUGUCCUUGUUGUUUUUAUAACAAA